AUGUCUGGCUCUUCUAGCAGCAGCGAGAGACCCGCCACAGCUCCCCGCCGUGUCUCGUACAUCUGGUCCGCAGAACUCGAAAGCGUAUCAAAUAAUCUUCCCUCCAAUGUCGGCCGCUCUAGCAUGGUCCAUGACCUCAUACGAUCUCUUGGCCUCCUCGACUCAAAGCUAGGCUACGAGAUGGAAGAGAACCACGGGGGCGAAUCAAGAGAAAGAGAAGACAUCGACAACAGCGGUCGGAUCAGACCCAUGGCCAGAAUAACCCCGCCAGACCCGUCACUGGGCACCAAGGCAUGUCUCUUGCGAUACCACGACAGGGGGUAUAUAGACCGUCUGUAUCAGCCAGAAAACGACUCGAACGAGCCUCCAGAAGAUCCGACGCACCUUCCAUCUUCUCCCAGAUCAUCAUCAUCAGAGUCGUCUCCUCGACCUCGAAAGAUUCUCAGAGCAGAUCCCUACAACUUGUCCCAUGACAACCCUAUCUUUGACACACUACCUCUUUACGCCUCAUUGGUUUCGGCUGCCACAUCUACCGCAUGCCGACUACUUGCUCAAGACAAAGCGGACUGGGCAGUAUGCUGGGAUGGAGGUAGGCAUCACGCAAAAAGGAAAGAGGCAGGCGGAUUCUGUUAUGUUAAUGAUUUGGUGCUUGGUGGUCUGCUCCUCUCCAGAGAGGGACGGGUGACCGUUUAUCCCCAGCAAGUGGGAAAAGACCAAACUCCCAAAGUCAAAACGAGGCCGCCAAGGAUACUCUACUUGGACAUGGACUUGCACUAUGGUGACGGUGUUUCGGCAGCCUUCCACUCACCCAAGGCCUAUCCAUAUCCAUUGAAACCGAAUCAACCUAUCCCCAAACCUCCCAAUGUCUUGACUCUGUCAAUUCAUCAUUCUUCCCCCGUAUUCUAUCCCCCUCCUACUCCACUGUCCCUACUACCAAGUCCCGACACAACAUCCCCGUUCUCGCUUUCUGUUCCUCUUGCGGCCUAUCCAUCGCGCGAGACCUAUGCCAAAGUGUGGACAAUGUGCAUCGAACCAAUACAGGAAGCCUGGAAUCCAGACUAUGUAAUACUUCAAAUGGGCACAGACGGUCUACCAGGCGAUAGAGUAGGGCAGUACGGGAACUGGGCCGUGGAAGGUGAAGGCGGGAUCAAAUGGGUUGUGGAGCAGGCCAAAAAAUGGGAUGCCAAGGUCUGUGUGACGGGUGGUGGAGGCUAUAGGCAUGAAAACGCUGCUCGAGCGUGGGCAGAGGUCAUGGGCGUUCUGUUGGACAGAGACUUUGAGCACGACAUGGCCAUCCCCCACCACAAUCAUUUUGAGCAGUACGCUCCGUCGUUUACAAUGCAAGUUCCCGAAAGUCACGUCCGAGACGAAAACACUGAGGAAGAGCUCAGCAAAGCUGGCACAGUGUUCAAGGUGUUGGCUGAUAGGAUCAAUUUUAUUGUUAAACAUGCAUGA